CCGGAGGUUAAUAAAAAAUUAAUAUUUCUUAAAAUUGAUGAUAUUUGUUUUAUUUGUUGAUAUGAAAUAGGUCUGUUGUCGUUAGUCCGACUCGGGACCAUCGAGGGAGGCGCGAUCAUGUUGUUGUGCCCAUUUUUGCCUCCAUUCCAAUUUCUAAAAGUACGGGUUAUUUAUCUGUGUGUCGUCGUAUAUGUGAGUUAAUUCCGGUCGAAAUAAUUAAUCCGGCGGGUUUUUCAUAAGGAAAUCGUUGAACGGGCCUGCCACGCCUCGGGGACGUCUCGGGACAAGAGUUGAAACGUCGAUCUGCUAACAAGUGGAGAUGUACAGUUAGGGCCAUAGCCUAAUUACUCCCCUUCGCUCAUUCCAAAUGCACGACAGUUUCCAAGAGUGAAAAGCCCCUUUCGCACCCGUGUCGGGCGCCGUUCGGGAAGAUGCCGCUCCUCCACAAAAAGACAUUCGAGCCGAUCGAGUUCCCGGACGACCUGAAGGAAUCCGAGGAAGUCUUCUUUUGCCGGACGACUGGUGAAAUCUUCAGAGACUAUGAUGAAUUUUGUGAAAGAAUAAUUCUUUGUAAUUCAUUGGUAUGGUCAUGUUCACUAACGGGCCGGGCCCUCCUGACCUACCAAGAAGCAAAGGCCAGUGAAGAGAAGAUAAAAAAACUCCUCAAACGAUUUCCAAUGGAAUUGAGGAUACCAGUGCUGUACUUGGCAUCUAUUUGUGAAAGAAGAUCUCUUAUAGAACUUGCUGAGGAGGUUUUCAAUUAUGUCAAGGAUAGAUAUUUCAUCGGAGAGACGGUUCAAGUCAACAUUCCUGGUGCGGGCAAUGUAGAUUGCCAUGUUCUGGCAGUUGUGCCUCCCACAACCGAAGAACUUGCUGCACUUAGUCGGAAAUCACACAGCAAUGAUCGACAUUACCCUCCAGCUAAAGCGUACAAAUAUGAGGUAGAAAGGCAUGAUAAUGGAAAGGAAAUUAUUGCCACACAGAAUCAGAUAACAAGACCGAAAUCAUCUUAUAAUAAGGACAAAAAUCGCCUUUACAUCAAACAGUUUGUUCAUCUCGAAAACAAUUUUUGGAAAUUAAAAGAAUCAUCAAAUGCUAAAUACGGUAUUAAUAAAGUUAAAUUUGACCAAAUAUUCUGUGGCGAGCCACCAGAUAUGAAUCCGAGGGAAAGUCUAAAACGGAAGUAUAGUGAUAGACCGAAGAAACAAGAGACAUUAAAUGCAUAUUUCAAGCUUUCCGAAAAGAAAUAUUCAAUGUUGUCUAGGAAAAAUCCUAAAAAAGGAGAAUCUAUAAAUGAUUUGAAGAAAGUCCGAAAGAAGCGUCUCACAAAGAAGUUGGAAGGCGGAAUAUUAGCAAAGAACAGUGUUGAAAUUAGGCAGAAAAGACGGUUGGAAAUGAAAGAGAAAACGAAAAAGUACGCUGAAUUUGUUAAGGAAUGGAAUAUGAAGAGGGAGGACUUAGAAUGUGAGGAUCUUAAGGACAUGCCAAGUGCAAUCCCAAUUGAAGGGAAAAUCCCCAAUGAACAUUUCGGCUCUGUAAUUAUGAUUAUGGAGUUUCUACAAUCUUUUCGUAAAAUCAUUGCUUUGAAAGACUUUUUCCCAAACGGCGUCACUCUUGAAUUGAUGGAAAGAGCCUUACUGGAAAAAGAAGUUGCCGGCCCACUUUGCGACAUCAUUCAACUACUGCUUAGUGCAAUUUUUGAUUUGAGGGAUCAGGAAGAAGAAACUAAAGAUGCUGAUGUUAAAUUAACACAUGGACUUAGUUUUUCCCGAGGGAAUAGUGAGACAAUGAAAAUUCUUAAAAUGGCAACUAUGACUGAUAAUUGGAUUAAGAGGUAUCAUGGUCAGUAUCUAACCCAGUUGACACUCAACACUUCCACAUUGUCUGAAGUUCUAAGGCUCCAUUUGUUAACUUCGGGUUCAAAGCCACAAAAAAGUAAAACAGCAAAAUGGAGGUAUCAGUCCCGUGGUGGUUAUAUGAACAACGAUGAUCCAGGUGUUAUAUUGAAACUCACCGAGCCAAUGAUUAUUAAGAAACUUGGAGACACAAGUGUUGGUGAUCUGAAUAUAAGUGAGAAACUUACAAUUAUUGAGUGCUUGAUUAACCAAGUGUUGACAUAUGCUUCAGCGAGGGAAAUAAUCGAAGAAGGUUGUGAAAAGGCAAGACAGGCUAAAAUUGAAAUACGUUUGAAGAGUGCUAAGCAAGCAAAGAUUGACAAAGCGGAAGCCAUUAAACAAAAAGAAUUAAAAAAAGAAGGAGGUGCCGAGAUUGAAGGCAAAGAUAAGGACAAGAAGGAAGAGACCAUGAAUGAUAAGCCUGGAAAAGACACAGAAAUAAAUGCUCUUCACAGAGAAAUGCGAGAAGCUUUAGCAGGAGUUCAGCUUAUGCCUCUUGGGACUGAUCGAGCUCAUAGAAGAUUUUGGACAUUCCCAACAUUUCCCGGUUUGUUUGUGGAAGACAACGACCCUUUUAAAGGCGGAUGUCUACCAAAGUGUACACCAUCAGUGUCGUUUAAUAUCUUCUCAGAUGGUGAUGACAUUUCGUACCUUAAAAGGCUGUUUGAAGAGAGCGGUAACAAGGAAAAUUUUGCAGGGAAGCACCAGACGGUGUCUGUCUCGAGUCACUCAAAGAAACUCCUGACUGAAAAGAACAGUUCUGACUCGCCGAUCAUGAACAGAACUCAAAAAGUCGAAACCGCCUCCAGCAAUAGACCCCUGACCUGCUGGGCAGACCCGGUGAAUUGUCCUGUGCAUGGCACAGCAGCAAACAAGGUCAUCUGGUCAUUUUUUAAAGAGGCGAGUGAAGUGGAAAACUUGAUUAAUUCACUGAACAGAAGAGGAGUUCGAGAGAGGCGGCUGAGGCAGAUACUGAUACAGGAGAAGGACAAAAUAAUACAAAGCCUCAAAAAUUGCCCAGUGGACAAAUUAAAUCCUGCACUGGCUUGUGAUGAGACAGUGAUAGAAUUGAGGAGCAAAAAUGUGAAUAAAUUAAAUAAACUUUAUGAGAAUGCCAAUCUCGAUUUUCCACCUGGCACACCGCUUGACGAAAUCAUGGAAAGCAGUGUUAGAGAUUAUAUACUUGAAAUGGAAAACAAAAUCACAAUGGGUGCACUUGGAACACUAAAGGUGAAAGAAAUUGAUGUAUGGAGAGAUGCUAUUUCAAACAAUAGUUAUGACAAACAGUGUAAAAAGCUCGUUUGGGGAUCAUUGGGAGAUGAUGAUAGCGAGGACAGUGAUCAUGAAAGUAAAACAGACGAAACAGAAGUAAAAGACGAAGAAAGUGAGCCGAUGGAUGUUGAAGAGAAAGAAGAUUCAGAAAGUAGAAGUUCAACUCCUUCAAUAGAAGUUCGGUUGGAUUCUUCUCUGAGGAAGGGAUUUGAGAUGGUGCCCCAAAGGCCGGUGAUACUUGAUCUUGCAUCAGCAAUUUUGCAGCUCUCCCAAGCAGUUGACAUCCAGUACCUGAAACGGCCUUUAGGCUUCGAUCCUAAGGAACGUGAUAAAGAUAAAUUUGACCUAACCUCUCCGACACCGACAAUGCUUAGAUGGGAAAAAGCCCUUAUGGAAUCAACAAAUUUUUCACAACUAUUUUUACAUCUUUCAACAUUAGAAAAUUCCAUUUUAUGGGAGAAGUCGGCUUCGAAAGCAUAUUGUAGAUUGUGUCGAAGCAAGGCUGAUCCUGAAAAUAUGCUUCUGUGCGACACUUGCAACAAAGGCCAUCACCUGUACUGCUUAAAACCAAAACUCACGAAAGUACCUGCAGGUGAUUGGCACUGCCCUAGAUGUAGGCCAAAGGAAAAGUUUAAAAGAAAAAAGAAAUUGAACGGAGAGUAUGAAGAGGAGGAAGAAGUCAGUUUGGAAGAUUGUUCCUGUAAGAUUUGUGACAAAAUAGGUGCACAGAUCAAAUGCGAUAACUGCAAGUCGAAAUUGCAUUUGGCCUGCGUCAACCCCCCACUAAGAAGGGUGCCGCAGACGGAGUCGUGGAUCUGCCACCUCUGCCGAGUCCAUAACUCGCAAAUCCAGUUGGCGAAGAAGGAAAGCAUUGAAAUCAAGAGCGAAAGCAACUCGCCUGUUUCAGUAAAGGAGAAGGAGCCGAAAAGCGAUUCCAAACAAAGGGUAAAGAAAGAGCCCAAGGUGGAGGAAAAAUCUGUAAAGAAAAACGGACUACUUAAUAACAGUCAUUAUGAUGACUUUGUAUGCGAAUGGAGAGGCUCCGAGAGGCUAAGCCCAGAUAUCGAGCGAGCCAGUCGCAGGAAGUCUUCCAAAGCGGCAACGGCCAAAAUCUCUCUCUUUGCCAAACAGCUGCGGAGCACGCAUUGGGACGAUGAUGGUGUUUUUAACGACAAGGAGCCUAUGAGAUCAGGCCGUAGGUCGAGGCGAUACUUGGAAAGUGUCAAAAAAUCAAGAGACUUGCCUUUGGACAACGCUGCUCUUCAGGAGAUACUCAAUACUCUAAUGCACCAAGAAGAAGCUUGGCCUUUCCUCCGACCUGUUACAAAAGUUGAAGUUCCAGAUUAUCACGAAAUUAUCAAAAAACCCAUGGAUUUCGGUACGAUAAAGCAUAAAUUGAACAUGCUUGAGUACAGUAAAAAUAGUGAGCUUAUCGCUGACGCACACUUGCUCUUUGAGAACUGUAGUACAUAUAACCAAGAAGGAAGUGAAGUGUACAGGGCCGGUGAAAAGUUGAAAGCGCUUUUCGAGAGACUCUGCCAGGAGCACAACCUGUUGGCUGACAGUGAUGAUGUGUAUAAUCCUCCGAAAAGAAGUCGAUCAGUAUUAACGUAGAAUCCCCCCCCCAUUGCAUGUUGGUUUGUGUGAAGUAUGAAAAUAAUGGUCUCUAAAAUAAAGAGGAGGCAAUGCAGAUUGCAAAGAAAUGUGAAAUAAGUAAUAUGAGAGCAAAUAAGCUUUAUUAAGAUGAUACACAUCAAACUUUUUCUCUUUUUUUAAAUUUAAAUUUAAUUAAUAGUAUAUUUAAUUCUUAAUUUUUUUGCAUGUAAGUACAUUUACAAAUUAUGAACAUUUUAUUUGAUCGAUUGUUUUAAUAAAUUAUGCCCACCACAUUAUUUAAAUUUCCCCAUUCAAAUUGAUUAAAUCAAUUAAAUUUUUGAACAUAUUAAGUAUUGGAAGCUUCUUUUUUUUCUGUUCUAUGCUUUAAAUGCACUUAUUACUAUUUAUUUUUAGAUAUUGAUUUUCUAAUAAAAUUAUUUAAAUUAAGUUGUAAAAUAAAUUAGGUUUAAUUAUUUUUAUUUUUGCCUUUUUUUGUUAUUCACUUUUAUAUUGGUUUUUCGAAAUAUUAAGAUUCCUUGUUUGUUUUUCAAAUGGCCUCUUUUUCUCAUUUUAAAACACAAAUACAAAAAACGUUAUUAAACAAUUUUUCAUGUUAAAUUAAAACAAUGUAUUGAUACUUUACAGUUGGCUAGCCUUUAAUUAUUGGUUUGAACUUCCUGGAUAUAAAUUUUUUAAAUAUAUUGUAUUUUUUGAAAUUGUUUGUUACUCUUUGUUUCAUUUUAAAUACAAACCCAAGGCAAACAAUAAAUAUCAGUGUUAGGCAUGUGCAAAUAUUUGUUUUAUUAGAUUUCUACACCUGGAUUUGUGCAUAUUUCCAUACAAUUUGCUGUAAAAUUCAAUCGAAACGUAUUUAUCCAAAACGAAAGUGCCUGAAAUUAAAUUUCAUCUCAGACCUCUAUUAGACCUUUCUGUUGUUCCGUUGUGUUUGGAAGUUUUCUCCUUGUAGGAAUUUAUAACUGUAAAUUGUUUUAUCAUUAAAGCAAGAACACCCCUGAAAACGAAUUGACAUGACCGAAAUUCUUUUAUAAAACUUAUUUUUUUGAAGGAAAGUAAUUUUUUACAAAAAUAUUUUAUAAUCUGAAGAGAAAAAUUAAAUAUUCCUAAUUGCCAAAGAAAAAUGUUCUUGAAAUGAACCUCCUCCUUUUUUUUAAUACGUUAAAAUUUUAUGUAAAUACAUUUUAAAAGCAUGUAAUUUUGUAGUUGUACCCUUUGAAAAGGAUUUAUUUUAAUUCUGUACUUAUUACAAACCAAUUUAACAGUUUUCAACGUAAAAAAAAAAAAAAUCAUUUUUGUAACAAAAUACAAAAUUUCACUGAAAUACUUUUAUUUCAAA